UGUGCAACCUGGAGGCAGGCAGGAAAAUGUAGUGUGGCUUUCACUGUUCUAUUCCGGAACCUAGUGGGUUAACAGGCAGUUCUUCCGGUGCCCCCCCAGCCUGUAGCUUCUUGUUGCCAUGGAGAUGGUGGCCCCGCCCCUGAUGCAGCACCGGCCCCCCCAUUGGCUGCAGUGGUGACUGUGGGGCUGAGGGGGGAGCCCAGGCCUGGGCAGCCAUUCUCGAGCUGGAGCUUGGCACCCCCACUUCCAUUCUCCUUCAGCCCCUCAGCCCCUCCAAAUUCCCUAGCAGCGGACCUUCAGCUCCCAUUCCUUAGACUCUUGCCAGCCGAGCUUCAUCCGCAUUCCCCUCCCCCUCCCCAGCCUUUUUACUUGGGAGUCCCCAGAAUCCCACUGCCCAUCCUCCCACUGCCCUGCAUUCUUCUCUUCUCUUCAGCCCUCACUAGCACUGCAGUGCACGUGGAACCGGCUCCUCCUUCCCACUCCUCAUCUACCCUUCCUGGGGUUUUCUGUCCCCCUCCACUCAGCACAGGUCUCUUCUGAGACACCCCCUCCAGUCCUGGGAGGGGGUCAUGGGAGGCAGCCCUGGGCCUCCAGCCAGACAGAGUCUCUGGGAAGCGUGCAGCCGCGGGAGGAUGUGCCCAGCUGGGGAAAGAGGAAAGCCCACCCGCGGGCAAUGACCUUUAACCCGUCUCCCCGCAAGCAAGCCCCUUCUCUUGGGUCGGGACGGGCCACUGAGCCUCCCUGGGCCGUGGGUGUCCUCCAUGACGGAGGCUUUACUGACCCUCCCGACUGCCAGCCCCAGUCAUGGGCUUGCGGCCUCCCACCCCGACCCCAUCAGGGGGCUCCGGCUCAGGCUCCCUGCCCCCUCCUUCCCACCGCCAGCCUCUCCGCCGCCGCUGCUCUUCUUGCUGCUUCCCGGGGGAAUACCACUUGGGUCGCUCGAGGAGGAAGAGUGUCCCUGGGGGGAAGCAGUACAGCAUGGAGGCCGCCCCCGCUGCGCCCUUCCGGCCCUCGCAAGGCUUCCUGAGCCGGAGGCUAAAAAGCUCUAUCAAACGUACAAAAUCACAACCCAAACUUGACCGGACCAGCAGUUUUCGGCAGAUCCUGCCUCGCUUCAGAAGUGCUGACCAUGACCGGGCCCGGCUGAUGCAAAGCUUUAAGGAGUCCCACUCCCACGAGUCCUUGCUGAGCCCCAGCAGCGCUGCCGAGGCCUUGGAGCUGAACCUGGAUGAAGACUCCAUUAUAAAGCCCGUACACAGCUCCAUCCUGGGCCAGGAGUUCUGCUUUGAGGUCACAACGUCAUCGGGAACAAAAUGUUUUGCCUGUCGGUCUGCAGCAGAAAGGGACAAGUGGAUUGAGAAUCUGCAGCGGGCAGUGAAGCCAAACAAGGACAACAGCCGCCGCGUAGACAACGUGCUGAAACUGUGGAUCAUAGAGGCGCGAGAGCUGCCCCCCAAGAAGCGGUAUUACUGCGAGCUAUGCCUGGACGACAUGCUGUACGCACGCACCACCUCCAAGCCCCGCUCAGCGUCAGGAGACACCGUCUUUUGGGGCGAGCACUUUGAGUUUAACAACCUGCCUGCUGUCCGGGCCCUGCGGCUGCAUCUGUACCGCGACUCGGACAAAAAGCGGAAGAAGGACAAGGCGGGCUACGUUGGCCUGGUGACUGUACCAGUGGCCACACUGGCUGGACGCCACUUCACAGAGCAGUGGUACCCCGUGACCUUGCCAACAGGCAGUGGGGGCUCGGGGGGUGUGGGCUCCGGAGGAGGAGGUGGGUCAGGGGGCGGCUCAGGGGGCAAGGGGAAAGGAGGCUGCCCUGCUGUGCGGCUGAAGGCGCGGUACCAGACGAUGAGCAUCCUGCCCAUGGAGCUAUACAAGGAGUUCGCAGAGUUCGUCACCAGCCACUACCGCAUGCUGUGCGCAGUGCUGGAGCCCGCCCUGAACGCUAAGGGCAAGGAGGAGGUGGCCAGCGCGCUGGUUCACAUACUGCAGAGUACAGGCAAGGCCAAGGACUUCCUUUCAGACAUGGCCAUGUCUGAAGUAGACCGGUUCAUGGAACGGGAACACCUCAUAUUCCGCGAGAACACGCUCGCCACUAAAGCCAUAGAAGAGUAUAUGAGACUGAUUGGUCAGAAAUACCUCAAGGAUGCCAUUGGGGAGUUCAUCCGUGCUCUCUAUGAGUCUGAGGAGAACUGUGAAGUGGACCCCAUCAAGUGCACAGCGUCCAGUCUGGCCGAACACCAGGCCAACCUGCGGAUGUGCUGUGAGUUGGCCCUGUGCAAGGUGGUCAACUCCCACUGCGUGUUCCCGAGGGAGCUGAAGGAGGUGUUUGCAUCUUGGCGGCUGCGCUGCGCAGAGCGGGGCCGGGAGGACAUUGCGGACAGGCUGAUCAGCGCCUCGCUCUUCCUGCGCUUCCUCUGCCCCGCCAUCAUGUCGCCCAGUCUGUUUGGGCUCAUGCAGGAGUACCCGGACGAGCAGACCUCACGGACCCUGACCCUCAUCGCCAAGGUCAUCCAGAACCUGGCCAACUUUUCCAAGUUUACCUCAAAGGAGGACUUCCUGGGCUUCAUGAACGAGUUUCUGGAGCUGGAGUGGGGUUCCAUGCAGCAGUUCUUGUACGAAAUAUCCAACCUGGACACCCUGACCAACAGCAGCAGUUUUGAGGGCUAUAUAGACUUGGGCCGCGAGCUCUCCACACUUCACGCCCUGCUCUGGGAGGUGCUGCCCCAGCUCAGCAAGGAAGCUCUCCUGAAGCUGGGCCCACUGCCCCGGCUCCUCAAUGACAUCAGCACAGCCCUGAGGAACCCUAACAUCCAGAGGCAGCCAAGCCGUCAGAGCGAGCGGACUCGGCCUCAGCCCAUGGUGCUGCGAGGACCCUCGGCCGAGAUGCAGGGCUACAUGAUGCGGGACCUCAACAGCUCCAUCGACCUUCAGUCCUUCAUGGCUCGAGGCCUCAACAGCUCUAUGGACAUGGCUCGCCUCCCCUCCCCAACCAAGGAGAAGCCGCCGCCACCGCCACCCGGUGGGGGUAAAGACCUGUUCUACGUGAGUCGGCCACCCCUGGCCCGGUCAUCCCCAGCAUAUUGCACAAGCAGCUCAGACAUCACGGAGCCAGAGCAGAAGAUGCUGAGCGUCAACAAGAGCGUGUCCAUGCUGGAUCUCCAGGGUGAUGGGCCUGGGGGCCGCCUUAACAGUAGCAGCGUUUCCAACCUGGCAGCUGUUGGGGACUUGUUGCACUCAAGCCAGGCCUCACUGACAGCAGCCUUGGGGUUGCGGCCUGCACCUGCCGGGCGCCUCUCCCAAGGGAGUGGCUCUUCCAUCACAGCAGCUGGCAUGCGCCUCAGCCAGAUGGGUGUCACUACGGACGGUGUCCCUGCCCAGCAACUUCGCAUCCCCCUUUCCUUCCAGAACCCUCUAUUCCACAUGGCUGCUGAUGGGCCGGGGCCCCCAGGGGGCCAUGGAGGGAGCAGUGGCCACGGACCACCCUCCUCCCAUCACCACCACCACCACCACCACCACCACCGAGGGGGAGAGCCCCCAGGGGACACUUUUGCCCCAUUCCAUGGCUAUAGCAAGAGCGAGGACCUCUCCUCAGGGGUUCCUAAGCCCCCUGCCGCCUCCAUCCUCCACAGCCACAGCUAUAGUGAUGAGUUUGGACCCUCUGGUACUGAUUUUACCCGUCGGCAGCUCUCACUUCAGGACAACCUGCAGCACAUGCUGUCCCCUCCCCAGAUCACCAUCGGUCCCCAGAGGCCAGCUCCCUCAGGGCCCGGAGGUGGGAGUGGUGGGGGCAGUAGUGGGGGUGGUGGGGGCCAGCCGCCUCCCUUGCAGAGGGGCAAGUCUCAACAGUUGACAGUGAGCGCUGCCCAGAAACCCCGGCCGUCCAGUGGGAACCUAUUGCAGUCCCCGGAACCAAGUUAUGGUCCUGCCCGUCCACGGCAACAGAGCCUCAGCAAAGAGGGCAGCAUUGGGGGCAGCGGGGGCAGCGGUGGCGGAGGGGGUGGGGGGCUCAAGCCCUCCAUCACCAAGCAGCACUCCCAGACUCCAUCCACGCUGAACCCCACCAUGCCGGCCUCAGAGCGGACUGUUGCCUGGGUCUCCAACAUGCCGCACCUGUCAGCCGACAUCGAGAGCGCGCACAUCGAGCGGGAGGAGUACAAGCUCAAGGAGUACUCCAAGUCCAUGGACGAGAGCCGGCUGGACAGGGUGAAGGAGUACGAGGAGGAGAUUCACUCGCUGAAGGAGAGGCUACACAUGUCCAACCGGAAGCUGGAAGAGUACGAGCGGAGGCUGUUGUCCCAGGAAGAGCAGACCAGCAAGAUCCUGAUGCAGUACCAAGCCCGCCUGGAGCAGAGUGAGAAGCGCCUGAGGCAGCAGCAGGUGGAGAAGGACUCCCAGAUCAAGAGCAUCAUUGGCAGGCUGAUGCUGGUGGAGGAGGAGCUGCGUCGGGACCACCCCGCCAUGGCUGAGCCGCUGCCUGAACCCAAGAAGAGGCUGCUCGACGCUCAGGAGAGGCAGCUUCCCCCCUUGGGUCCAACAAACCCGCGUGUGACGCUGGCCCCACCUUGGAACGGCCUGGCCCCCCCAGCCCCACCCCCCCCACCCCGGCUGCAGAUCACAGAGAACGGCGAGUUCCGAAACACCGCGGACCACUAGCCCACCCAGCAUCACAGACCUCCUUCCUUGUGUACCCAACCCCGGAACAUCACCACCCACCAGGACUGGACGUCACCGAGGGACAGCGGGAUUGCCUCCCUUAAUGCAAUGCCUCCUGGGGCACCCAUCUGCCACCCUCCACCCUGCACUUCCAGGAGGGAGAGUGGGACCCUUAGCUGCCCUCUUUCACCCCAGGACACCACCUACCCCACACAGACCCCUUCACUCUGGGGUGCUAUCCCCGUCCUCUGCCUCACAGUUCCCCUGAGCACUGGGGGACAGACCCCCACCCCCACACUGGGGGUGUGGCACCUCCAAACUUUCAACUUCAGGGUGAUUUUUUAGCAGUAACCAGAGCUGACAAUCUAACUCCCCUCCACCACCCCAUUUUGGCCUCCCCUGUCCCCCUUGUUAUGGGGAGGGGACCCCAGGUGAGGGGGCCCUAUUACCCCUUGAUUUCUCAGGAGCGUCUGGGGGGGCUCAGCACGCACAAACUCCUUCUCCUCUCUCCACUCUUAGAUUUAUUCUCCCCACCCAGAGCCCAGAUGGGGUGGAGGGGCCACCGGGGCAGGGAGGGGGCGGCAAGGGGGGAAUGGGGUCGCCUCCCCUUCUUCCCACACCUGAUCUGCUCUUGGCUGGUCCCAGAGCGGGGUGAGGGGGCUCACGCCCCCCCCUCCCCCAGUGUGUUGGGUGGGGUGGAACUGAGGUUCGGAUGAGGGUUAGGGUUUGGGAGGCUAUGUG